AUGGGUGUACAACAAGACGGGCCGGGGCCUGCGUUGGCCGAUACCGUCCCGUCCAUGACCAUCAUUACUGGCCGUUUGGCCGCAACGACGAUAGAGGAGCAUGCCAUGCCCACCUCCUUUCCCCGUUUCCCCGACCUUCCGACCGAGCUGCGCCUCAAGAUCUGGAACCUCUCGUUUGCGCCCCGGGUCGUCGAGGUUCACCGCCGCAAGUCCCACUAUGCCGACGACUACCAUGCCGCCAGUGGCGGCCGGGGCAGCGCUGGUGCGGCUGGCCCGGCCUCGCUCGCCAAGUGGCAGUCCUGGAGCGCCAACCCGGCCGCCCUCGCCGUGUCGUACGAGGCCCGCUCCUGCGCCCUCAAGCACUACUCGGCCACCAUCCGCCUGGCCGUCAACACGCCCUGCGAGCGCGCCGGCGAGGCCCGUCUGGACCUGCAUCGUCGCCUGUACCUGGCGCCGCACGCCGACACACUCGCCGUGCUGGGCGAGUUCAACGUGGCCCAGACGGUCGAGCUGCUGCGGCACAUUGCCAGCCAGACGGUGCGUGCCGGCGGGCGGGGCGGGCAUGGGCAUGGGCAUGAGCAUGGCAGUGGCCUCCGUCGCCUGGCCAUGUGCGCCUCCUCCAUUGGCCACCCGGGCUCUGGUAUUCUGCUGCUGAUCUACAGUCGCAACAUCUUCCGCGACCUCGACCAGCUCGUCCUCUUCCUGUAUGACGAGCGCAUGCCGCCGGCCGACUGGCACGACGGGCACUGUGCACUGGUCGACUGUCGGGACACGUACACGUUCCGGCGGUUCCAGGCGGGCCAGGGCGCCGAGCUGCGGAGCCAGAGUGGCGGCGCCGGGUGGAUGACCGUGGGCCACGGCCCGCUCGAGGUGCUGGACCUUGCUUUUGGCCGGGAGGCCGAGGCGGCAUCAACGUCGUCAUCUACGGCGACAACAACACUGACGACGCUGUCACACAAGUCCGGUGCACGGUUCAAUGAUGAAAGCGACCUCGACAAGCGGUUGCCGCAUGUUACAACUUUUCCCGUGCAACCGGGCAACCUGGACGACGAUGAGAGAUGGGUACCGGUGGCGCCAUGA